AUGAUGGGUAUAUUGGACCUACGAGGGGUGCUUAUUGCCCUUCUCCUGGCAUCCUCCGUCGCGGCUCAUGGCGGUCACGAGAGUGUCCCUGAGGGUUCCGCCGUCUCCAAAGAUCCUAUUGACUCGACAUUAUGGAUUCAUAUGAUCUUGAUGGGAUUUACUUUUGGCAUCAUCUUCCCUCUGGGCAUGGUACUUGGGAUUGUUCGCUCGCGGUGGCAUGUCCCUCUUCAGAUCGUCGGCACGGUUAUCGCAGUCGUUGCAUACUUCCUAGGCCACGCUCACAAGGGCCGUCAGUUCGGAAAGAACGUGCAUGCUUCGUUCGCGAACCUGUUGAUGCUUAUGCUUGUGGUGCAAGUCGUUAUCGGUCUUUAUCUCAAGCUACAUCUCUCCAAAGGAAUCCAUGGUCGGGUCCGUCGGUUCUUCGUGGUGCUGCACGGCGUUCUCGGCAAGGCGAUGCCGAUUGUGAGCUGGACACAGAUGCUCUUCGGAGGUAUCGCGGCGAAUGGCUUCUGCCAGGGUGAUCAUCUCGGACAAUGUCUGGCGCAUUUCAUCAUGGGCAGUGCGUUCAUUGCCUAUGGUAUCAUGCUUACUAUCCUGCUGCUUGUUGGUCAGUACUGGCUGCGCCGCACCGGCCGCAGUCAAGAGUUCUUCGACUCCCUGGUCAUCGCGGCCUGGGGAUGCGUCAACACCUUUACGGAGCACCGUUGGGGAGGACCAUGGGUACACAAUGAUCUGCAGCAUACUACUAUGGGCAUCGUCUGGUGGUGUGCCGGUCUUUUGGGUAUUUGGAUGAGCAGGAAGAGAAAUGGCCGCCCCAAGCGGAAUCUCAUUCCCGCAAUCGUUAUUCUGCUGACCGGUUAUGCGAUGUCGGCUCAUCCCCAGACCUUGAUGAUCAGCACCAUGGUCCACUCCAUUUUCGGCUACACAUUGAUGGCUGCUGGCUUUACCAGAAUCAUUGAAAUUGCCUUUGUGCUGAAGGACAAAAAUACCGUGAGCCUCGACGGCUCGGACCCUAACAGCUUCCAAUAUCUGCCUCCUUUCCUCCUGUACGCAUCUGGCUUUCUGUUCAUGGGCGCAACAGAGGAGCAAAUGCAGCUGCUCCACGAUGCCGGAAUCACCCACGUGUCUUAUGUUCUGAUCCUGUACAGCAUUGCCUUCAUUCUCUUCCUCUUCGUCAAUAUCCUUCUGCAUAUCUACGCUGUUCAUGCAUGGCCCAACUCCGCCAAACCCUCUGCCCAUUCUCGCUCUUCAACAAGCACCACAGACCCAGUUCAGGACUCUACUUUUAUCAACGGCCACGCCCGCUCGGCGUCCGAGACUCAGCAGGUCCAUGACGCCGAGGCAUUUGAGUUGCAGGGUCUUAUCUCCGACGAAGAAGAUGAGGACGUGCCGGGUAACCGAAACCACGCCAUGGGUCCCCGAAAAGUGGAAGACGAAGAGAGCGCCCCUUUGGUUGGAAAGGAGACGUCGUCGACCUGA